AUGUCCUCCUCUUCAUCAUCCUCCGGAUUUUGUCCAACGUUCCCACAACUCUCACCUCACGAUAAGCAAAGUUUUGGAAACAAUCAUCUCGUGGCAACUCGACAUUAUUAUUUGGACCUCUCUACGGAUUUUAAAAACAAGAUCUUGAUUGGUUAUGUCGAUAUUACUUGUGAGGCUCUUGUGGAGAAGCCUUCUGAAUUGGUCUUGGAUGCCCGAAAUUUGAAUAUUGUACAAACGAAAUUCCUCUACAAGAAGCAUCAUAAACAUCAUGAGGAAAGCGUGAAUGAACAACAACAGCAAGAGAUGGAGGUUUCAUUUCAACAAUUUUCAAAGAAGGAAGUGAGUGAGAAGGGAUAUCCUGCAGUGUUCGGACAGCCUCUGGUGAUUAAUCUUGGUGCUUCUGAACGUAUUGAUUUGAAGAAGGGAGAUUUGUUUGUGGUGAGAGUGUUCUACGAAACCACUCAAGAGAGUGAAGCGAUUCAGUGGUUGAAUCCAGAACAAACUCUUGGAAAGAAGCAUCCAUACUUGUUUACUCAAUGUCAGGCAAUUCAUGCACGUUCUUUCCUUCCAUGCCAAGACACUCCUUCCAACAAGAUAACCUAUUCAGCCACCAUUCGUACUGAGAAGCCUCUUGUGGCUGCCAUGUCCGCAAUCAAACAGUGGGAAGAUGAUACCUCUCAUAUUAAUAUUUAUCACUUUCAGCAAAACGUUCCUAUUCCAUCCUAUCUCAUCGCUCUUGUAGUUGGAGCUUUGGAAAGUAAACAAAUUGGACCAAGAAGCACAUUAUACUGCGAAGAAGAGGCUCUGGAAAAGGCAGCUGAAGAAUUUUCACAAACUGAAGAUUUCAUCAAGGCCGCCGAGGAGUUCUUGCCACCUUAUGCAUGGGGAAAAUAUGACCUUGUCGUUCUUCCUGGAUCCUAUCCUUUUGGAGGAAUGGAAAAUUCUAAUUUGACAUUCUUAACUCCAACCUUGUUGGCCGGUGACAAAUCUUUGGCAAAUGUUGUUGCCCACGAAAUCGCUCAUAGUUGGAGUGGAAAUUAUACCACGAACGCCACAUGGGAAGAAUUUUGGCUUAAUGAAGGCUUUACUGUAUUCAUUGAGAGAAGAAUUUUAGCAAGAUUGAAUGGAGAAGAAUACGCAAAAUUUCAUGCACAAAUUGGUUAUGCAUCAUUAACUGCUUCUAUCAAUCAUUAUAAGGAGAUUAAUCAAACACAAUUUACUAAAAUGAUUCCAAAGUUAGACAACAUUGAUCCUGAUGAUGCAUUCAGCUCAGUUCCAUAUGAAAAGGGAUUUAACUUUUUGUAUUACUUGGCUGAUCAAAUUGUUGGAGACAUUUCAAGAUUUGAAAAAUUCUUGUACCACUAUUUCACACUUUUUGCUCAAAAAACAGUGACUAGCCAGCAAAUGAAGGAAUGCUUUUUGGACUUUUUCUCUGAUGUUGAAAAGACAAAAGAAAUUGACUGGGAUGCUUGGUUUUAUAUCGAGGGUGAUGUCAUUGUUAAGAAUAAUUUCGAAAACUCUUUGAGUGUUGCUGCAAAUGAACUCUGUAAACGAUGGGUCGAGGCAGGCGAGGACGCAUCCUCAUUCUCCAAGAGUGAUAUUGCUGGAUGGACCUCAACACAACUUUCUUACUUCUUGGAUAUUUUAUUGGAGAACGAGAAACCUCUUAAUAUUCAAAAAUUAGAUGAAAUUUAUGAUCUCUCAAAGUAUACCAACAGUGAAAUUAGAAAUGGAUGGCAAUUACUCGCUCUCAAGCACAAAUAUUCUCCUAUCAAGAGCCAAGUCGUUGAUUUUAUCACAUCACAAGGAAGAAUGAAAUUCGUAAGACCACUCUAUCGUGAAUUGUUCAAAUUCGACAAGGAGUUGGCAGUUUCUACUUUCCUAGAACACAAAAAUUUCUAUCAUGCUGUGGCUAGAAAGAUGAUUGAGAAGGAUUUACAAUUGGAUCGACCAAAUGCAGCCGUCAAGCAAUAA